GCUCAUGCUUGACACCGACUCAAGCGGUAUGGAUUUUGAGUAGUAAACGGAGUUCUGAAACAAAUGAAAACAGUUAUCUAACGGACGAUGUGGUAGCAUCUGACUAACAUGAAAUUUACACGUUACUUACCAAGAUAACUAAUGGUGAUGGACGAUCCUGGCGUUUGUUGUUUCACCCUUCAAGCUUUGCGCACAGGAUGACUAGUUUUGCCAUUGAGAAAUCGUGCGAUUUUAGUGCGCGUUUUCAGCUGAUAACCUUUAAUCCGUAUGUUUUUUUCCAUCCCUUGUAAUUAUUCGAAAUAAAAUACUGGAAAUUUUCUUUUAACUUUUAAUGUCUAGCGCAUAUCGUCACCGUGUUUCGUUGCUAUUCGUUUGCUUUUAGAAGUUCAGAAUAUGAAAAAGGGUUGUCCACUGCCCGUCAGCACCUUUAGAUUUGACAACGAGGCCGCCAUUAAAGAUGCAGAGGUCUGUCUAUCCCAUAAAGUCGCUCUUUUAUAGAGAAUUUCAGUUUAUGUUGUGAUGCUAUACACUCAGUUUGUGUCAUUCGUCACUAUAUGUCGUUCGAUUUAUGGACCGAGUCUUACAUCUUAAAAAAUAUAACCUCAUUCUUUCUGUUUUUGCAGGAGGGCAUAUACGUUUCGAAACUUGUCGGAGAUGGCAAAUUGAUUGGCAGCUUCGAUAACGUAAAUUCUGUCUUCAAUCUCCUUCAAAACACUGUCGCGCGUUUCCGUAAGUUUAUUCGUGUGACCGUUCGUUGUCUUAGCCGAGUGGAUCUUCUCAAGUCUCAACACGCUGCCUUCAUAUUAAGUAAAUCAGUUCAUUUCUAAGCAGGCCGACCAUUUAGUACUAUGAAAAUAUUUUUGAGUUCAGUCUUGACCAAUUUGAGUGAUUAAUACGAAAUCACCGUUACAGGAGCCUAUGCAGUAUCAGUUACUAAAACGAAACAGUUUUGACCUUUGAUUAGAUAGAAACUGAUAACAUAGAAUUCAUAGGAAAUGCUAUUUAUGGACGAAAUUCCUUUUUGCUUUGGCAAAAAUGCAGCAGGCAUGGAUAUGUAUCAUGUCAUCCUUCUCGGUAGGGUUAGUCCAUUUUAACAAAUCACUGGCUUCAAAGUCAGAAGGCCAUAUGUCCCCUUCGUUGCUUUAUCUCCAGACGGCCUUCUUUACUUUUCACCGCAGUUUUAUUUGCUUUUCUUCGGUCUAUUUUAGCCGAUCGGCCCUUUCUCGGUCGACGGUCGUCUCCGAACGGACCUUAUGAGUGGGUAAACUACAAACAGGUCUGUCUUCUCUAUUUCUUGUCCGUUUAAAUUUAAUUCAAGUUGUAAUUGAUUUGACUUUCUAGGCUUAAUUAUACAGAGCACUAUUGCUGUCACUUGUGAUAGUUAUUUAACGACUCGACCACUGAGAUGCCCUAAGCUAAAUAUUUUUUUGGAUACCUUGGUACUUUUGUUAUUAUUAAUUACGGCCAUCACAAUUACAUGCUGCGCACACCACUUUCUUCCAGAACAUAUACCCAUGCCUGGCACUUAGCCAACAGUGUUUUAUCUUCAAAAUCCCAGUUACGUUUGAUAAAAUUCAGCUUAUUGCAAAUUUGUAUUCGUCCAUUUUGGUUAUUCGGCCGCUCGAUUCAUGUCAUUAAUGCAAUCUAAAUGUUCCCUUUCCCAAGGCAUACGAAACCAUUCUUCUCUGCGGCUCUGGAUUACUACAAUUAAAGUCUGUGGCUUCUAACUCUUCGAACUGUGUCGGUCUUUACGCGACAAACUGUCCGGAGGUAAUUGUCUACUAUUUUGCCACUGUAGUUGUGCGUAUUGUGCACUCAGGCUUUUUUUUCAGGUUUGGCCAAAUAUAAAUUAAAGUAGGUUUUAUUUCUUCCUCUGGCUAGUGCAUCAUAGAUCUCCCCUUAAAACCAGCACUUGCUAUUACGAAUGGUCGUAGCUUUUAGUGGACGGCCACGGCAUACUCCCCUCAGUUUUCAGCCAAACGGUUUAUUAGUUUUUUUUGGUGGGCAAUUUACUUUUUCUGCCCUCACUCACUACUCUCGCGGCACUGUAUGGACAUAGGCAAAAAGGGGGUUUAUGAGUUUAAUUAAUGCAAAGACUGGCUUAUAAUUAAACUGCGAUGACUUUCUGCGCAUGAGAUAUUGUUGCCGCAGCAAUGCUAAGAAGUUGUCCAAGGCAAAAAUCUGAAGUCUGACGUCCCUUGGUUCAUGUUUUGACAUUUGCAAAAUGCUGUUAUCAACUUACGUAUGCGAACACACUAUCUUUUGGUAACAUCAAAUUUUCUCAUUUUAGUGGUUGAUCUCGGAGUUAGGUUGUUGGGCUUACGGUCUUGUAGCUGUCCCCCUCUACGACACCCUCGGAAGCGAUGCCAUAAAACACAUCUGCAACCAGAGUGAGCAACCAUACACUCCUUCUUGAUUGUUCUUAUUGUAUAUGUUCUAAUCUCCGUUCUGCGUUGGUCUCUGCUGUGUCAAGUGUUUUUUUUUUUAAAUUUGACAUCAUUUCGAACACUAGACUGCCUGUCUUAUGGAAGCUUCUUAACAAUGAGAUAGCUAGACGGCUACUGCCCAAUAUGUCUCUCCUAACUUCUUUGUUCUUUAACUUUUCACUGUAGCUGAGCUUACUGUGGUUGUGUGCGACACGCCAAAAAGGGCCCGCUGUCUAAUCUCCAGCAAGUCUAGUCUACCGCAUCUGCAGACAAUCGUGAUUAUUUCCCCUGAUGGGGAUCAGGACAACCUCCGAAAGGAAGCGGAAGGCCAAAUUGAAAUUAUUCUCUUUGAGGAACUUUUGGUACGUAAGCUGUGA